UGUAACAUACGGUUCAGAAGCGAAUUUUAUAUUGUAAUAUACAGAACAAAAUUCAUGUAGUCCACGACACAAUACGACCAAAAUGGUGUGCCUGCAAAUUUUUCUGAUUAUUUUUCUGACUAAGUUCUCGAUAGCAUCAAAUGUCGAUAUAGAAAAUCUCUCCAUAUACAACUACCAUCUUAGUACCGGUAUACCAGAAGCAGCAAGGUUGAUGGCUUCUGAAGCAAAAUAUUUAGCCUACAGUAGCAUAAAUCAAGUUGUUGGAGGACGCGCUACCGAUAUAAGCCACGUACCUUAUCAAGCAGGUCUUGUAAUUAAAGUACUACGUUUGCUAACAUCUAUCUGCGGAGGAUCUCUGAUCACCCCUACACGGGUAGUGACAGCAGCCCACUGUAUUUACGACGGGAACACCAGAGCUCAGGACAUCACUGUGGUGCUUGGAUCCAGUCAUAUCUUCUCAGGAGGAGAAAGAAUGGACUCUGACGGGUCAGUUAUCCAUACCGACUGGAACCCUAACACUACAGAGAACGAUAUUGCUAUAGUUUUCAUUUCACCGGUUAAUUUUACAGAUGUAAUUGAACCUAUAAGACUACCAAGCCAGCACGAACUUAAUGAAAAUUUCAUUGGUUGGACCGCACUGGCAUCUGGAUUCGGUUUAACAAAGAGCGGUGGUACAAUUCCCCGAAACCAAUACUUAAAUUCUGUUCAUCUGAAAAUAAUUUCCAAUGAGCAAUGCCAAGCAGUGUAUGGUGAUAUAGUACGGGCAACUAAUAUAUGUACUGAUGGAUCGGAUGGCCGGGGUACGUGCAAUGGAGACUCCGGUGGCCCCCUCACUGUUGAUAAUAAGGGAAAACGGAUCUUGAUCGGUAUUACCUCAUUCGGCGCAAGCGCAGGUUGUGACAAAGGUUUCCCAGCAGCCUACACUCGAGUUACUUCCUAUGUGUCCUGGAUUCUCACUAUUUAAAUUAUUGUUUUUAUGUAUCACUUUCUACUUAUUUUAUUAUAAAACAGUUUUAUUUAAAUCAUAUGAUGUAGAAUUAUGUUAUCUGUAAAGUGUUCAUUUCAUUAAAUUAUUUAUAAAGUCUGUUGAACUAUUAAAAUGUAAAAUAACAAUUUCACCGAUACACGGUGCUGCUUAAUUAGUACAUUUACCAACUGAUUGGAAACCAAAAUUAUGUAAACAGAUUUUGAUUGAGUUUAACAUUAGUUAAUAUUAGCAAUAUUUAUGGAUCUAUUAAUGAGCACUACACUAGUACAAUAUUAUAUUAUCUGUAGUACAUUGUA